CCCUUCGCCAAUUUCCGCUACAAACCCCGCCCACUCCCCUUUUUUUCCUGAGGCGACUUCCGGUUGCGUUUCCCGCCACCGCCGCCAUGUUCCUGCAGUGCUACGAGAACGAGCGCGGGGAGCGCGUUUAUACCCUCAAGAAAGUGUCCCCGGCCGGGCUCCCCACACGCUCGGCCCACCCCGCCCGCUUCUCCCCCGAUGACAAAUUCUCGCGGCACCGCCUGGCCCUGAAACGGAGAUUCGGGGUCCUGCUCACCCAGCAGGGCCGGGCUCUGCUCUGAGGGACCCCAAAAACACCCCAAAAUCCCCGGAGAGACCCCAAAAUCCCCCCCGGAGAAGAUGGAGCACAGUCAAACCCGCUGGACUGAACGGCAUGGAAGGGAGGGGUUAAACAGGAGGAAAUUGUGAAUAUUAAAGGAUUUGGGAGCUUGGA